AUGACACUCCUCGAAGACGCCAUGACAAACCUCCUCGGCUUCUUCCCCUACUACAUGCGCCCGCCCUUCCUCGCCGCAGACAGCCAAGCGCUCGCUGUGCUCAAAGAACUCGAGUACCACGUCGUCAUCGGCGACCUCAAUACCAAAGACUGGAAAUACCAAUCCGCGGAUACGAUUGGGGAAGCGAAGAAACUGUUUGAUUUGGGGCUGGAGAGGGGGUAUAGUAUUGUUGAGGCGCAUGAUCAGGAGGAAUGGACGCAGGGCGAGUUGAUUGAUUAUAUGAUUGGGGUUCCGUGA